AUGUUGUAGGUUAUUUUCAAGCGUUCAGCAUUAGAGAAAAUGCAAAGAGUUCCAUCACGAGAAAACCAUUCAGCCCUCAUAUUAAAAUUCUGAAAUGUUGCUCUUGCAGGUUCGCUCCUCGCCUCAUCUCGUCCGCCGCGACUUCUUAUCCGAUGCCAACCUCAGCUCGAUCCGAGCCAAAACAGCCAGACACACCCAGACCUAAGUAAGGUUGGGUGUGUCUGGGGAGACGAUCGGUAGAAUCGCUUAAUUUUUUCCCCAUGCAAUAAAUCAUUCAAAAAUCAAACCUGUUUUAGUGUUUAUUUGAAGAAACGCGUCUAAAAGUUCGCAGACAUCUGAAUCGGGUCUAUUUUCCUUUUUGGUGUAUGUCGUGACGUCAGAGUCUAUAGUUUCAGUGUUCUAGAUGAAUUCAUCUUUGAUUAUCCAGAUGCCAACUAUCCUUGUUGAACCGCUUCAAACAGCAACGCACAAUCAAACUGAACAGAACCUUCGAUCAGGAGACGCGCGAGAGACAUUCGUUCCAUUCGCAAAUGUCGGAGUACCAAUUGGAGCGUGAAUAG